AUGCUUAUUUUUGGAUCCGGCAGACCGUUACGGAUACCUCAUAUUACACUUGGAAUACAACGGAGAAGCGGCUGGUGGACGGUAGCGCGGCUCGUGCGCGGAUUAAACCUACUGCUGUUCAGUAGGCCACAGCGCUGCUGCUUUUAGCUCGGCCGUACUGCCUUUAAAGAUUCUUUGAACGUCGACGGCGAAGUUCCUCUGUGGCAUUCAAAAUGAAGAAGAAGGUUCGACAUAAUCGUCUUGCCAACCCGCAGAGGCCUCCCUCGCCCAUCAAACCCUCACGUAACCGAGAGACCUUGACGUACGCCGAGGCUCAACGUAUGGUUGAGCUGGAAAUCGAUGGCCGCGUGCACAGGCUUAGCAUUUACGACAAACUGGAUGUCAUCGACAGCGACGACCCUUUAGCUCAGGAGAUCAGUGAGUGCACCAGCAACAAGGAGAACACGGAGAAGCCACAGCAGGUCCUUGUGCGCUCGGUGCGGCUCAAAAACAACCAGCAGAAGAAGAGCGCCGCAUUGACAACAGUGCAGGGUUCGCCAGCUCAGGGCAGGCUACCGGAGCCAAAGAUCCGAACGAUUGAGUACAACCUCCCGGCAGUGCCGCGGAGGCCGUCGGCGUACUACACCUACAUGGAGAAAACGCUGGACGAGCUCGACGAGGUGGUGGAAUACGACAUGGACGAGGAAGACUAUGCAUGGCUCGAGCUGAUCAACGAGAAGAGGAAGACCGACGGCUACAGCCAGGUCUCUCAGAACGUCUUCGAGUUCCUCAUGGACCGCUUCGAGAAGGAGUCUUUCUUCGAGAGCCAGGGCCAAGGAGACCCCCAGUCGCUUAUUGACGAGGACGCUGUGUGCUGCAUCUGCAUGGAUGGCGAGUGCCAGAACAGUAACGCGAUUUUGUUCUGCGACAUGUGCAAUCUCGCCGUGCAUCAGGAGUGCUACGGCGUCCCCCACAUCCCGGAGGGCCGCUGGCUUUGCCGCCAUUGCUUAAAUUCUCCCUCCCAGCUCGCCGAGUGCAUAUUCUGUCCGAAUAAAGGUGGCGCGCUUAAGAGAACGGACGACGAUCGCUGGGGGCACGUGGUCUGCGCCAUCUGGGUCCCUGAAGUCGGUUUUACCAAUACGGUUUUCAUUGAACCCAUCGACGGUGUGGCGAACAUUCCUCCAGCUCGCUGGAAACUCACCUGUUACCUAUGCAAGAAGAAGGGAAUGGGCGCUUGCAUUCAGUGCAGCAAGGCUAACUGUUACACGGCUUUCCACGUGAGCUGCGCUCAGAAAGCCGGCCUCUACAUGAAGGUGGAGCCCAUCAAAGAGGUCACCGAAUCUGGAGCUACUACAUUCUCUGUGAAGAAAACGGCGUACUGUUGCUCUCAUACACCUAAUGGUUGUGUGAGGAGACCCCUCACUAUAUACGAGGACUCCAAACCCAAGAACGGUUUAUGUCAGAAGGUUGCUCACAGGAAUAGAGCAAAGGGAUACCAGAAGAAGAACAAAAAAAAGCCUGAAUCAGAGCCCGUUGCAGUGGUUCCGACGGUUUCUGGGCCUAGGAUUACACCUAAAAGUUUCAACACAAUCCUCAAUCAAGUUUCUGUCCAGAAGAAGAAGGUGUUCGUGGAACGGGUUCUCAGUUACUGGAUGCUGAAGAGGCAGUCGAGGAAUGGUGUCCCACUAAUAAGGCGCCUGCAGACUGCCAUACAGACGCAAAAAGAACCAGAACAGGCACCAUGUGUUGAAGACCAUCAAUCUCUGACGGAGCAGUUAAAGGACUGGCAUCGUUUACGGCAUGACCUGGAGCGUGCUCGCUUGCUGCUGGAGCUCAUCCGCAAGAGGGAGAAGCUAAAGAGAGUGGAGAUGAAGUUGCAGCAGUCGGUUUUGGAGAUGCAGCUCACUCCGUUCCCUGUCCUGCUGCGAGCAGUGCUGGAUCAGCUGCAGGAGAAAGACCAGGCUAAAAUCUUUGUCCAGCCUGUCAGCAACACAGAGCUGGUCAAAGCUUCCUCUAAGAACUGUGACAAGUCAUUACCUCCAAAACUUGAGCCUUCAGACUCUGUGCCACUCCUGAAAAACUCAGUCAGUCUCUGUGAACCUCCGACACUGAAACCCAUAGAGCUCAGCCCUGAAAAGUGCCCGAAAAAGGUCAAAUUUGACAGGGAGACAUUCUCUACCUCACUUCUAAAUGGUCUCUCCUCUGACGUUAUGCCCUCUGAAAAUAACGUUAUGGUCGCUACCUCGACUCUUACCGAACCAGCGAAUAUGGUCAACCGGCGAACGGCUGUGCUGUUUCGAAAGUCAAAGAGUCCGCAGAAGCCAUCGAACACGAGUGAAUCCUCAAUUAAUUGCCCUCAGCUGGGCACUAAGACGUUCCUGUCUGUGGUCAUCCCUCGCCUCGAAACUCUGCUCCAGCGCAGGAAGAGGAAGCGCAGUGCUAGCGGAGACAGUCAGGGUGACGAGGAUGAGUGUCCGAUUAAACGCUUGGAUACUGGCUUGUCUAAUGGCUUUUCUGAGCCUAAGAAAGGGCUAACUGUGAAUCGGCUGUCAGAGCCUCGUCGCCGCUGUGCUUCAGAGUCCAGCAUUUCCUCCAGCGGAAGUGGGAGCAUACAGGAAAACACGAGUGAUGUCAGUCACACAAAGAGCGGGAAAGGGAAGCUGGCGAUGACGAGGCGAAACACGACGGACGAUAAAAAAGAACUGGUCAAUUGCGUGGAACCAGGGAACAUUUCCAAAGCCAACAAGCUGGCAGCAGAGAUUGACAGCAGCAAUAUUUGGAUGCCUGCUAACACUACACCACUAAAUCUGGAGCCCCUUAAACUAGUUUGGGCCAAACUUAGUGGAUAUCCUUCCUAUCCUGCCUUGAUCAUAGAUCCUCAGAUGUCUCGGGCGGGUUGCCAUCUCAACGACGAGUACAUUCCCACCCCUCCACGGGACGUGCUCAGGGUCGGAGAGCUGAUGCAGUUCAGGUCCAAGGAGAAACUCUUCCUCGUCCGCUUCUUCGACAGCAAACGCAACUGGCAAUGGCUUCCUAAAUCCAAGAUGGUACCGUUCGGAAUCGACAAGACCUUAGACCGAAGCAAAAUGUUGGAAGGCAGAACGUCAGGCAUCCGUAAAGCUGUGCAAAGCGCCUUCAACCGUGCCAUGAACCACUUGAGCCUUGUCCAGGACUUAGGCGCUGGAGAUUAACGGAGAUCCAUGUUGGAGGGUUUCAUCAAGCCCCGCGUUUACCCGACGCUACGCUCCCGUAUCAGACUGGCACUUCCUCCCAAUUCUGUUAGGAGCCGGCGAGCUUCUCAACGGACGAAUGUGAGAGCGCCUUCACUCUCCUGUAAUGUGCUGCAAGACUGCUGUGAACUCACACACUGCCAUCUACUUUCCUUCACAUUUCCAUCACCAUCCACGAUACGCCUCGUGUUUAACUCUGGCUGUAUAUAGCAUCAUUCUAAAUUAUCCAACACUAAUUUAUUAUUUUUUUUGGUUUGUACCGCACACGACCUCCUGGAAGAUUUCUACUCCAAGGUAAUUUCUCAACCGCACUGAGGUGCGAACCCAUCUGGUGCUACAUCACGUGCAAAGCCUUGAUUUUUCCAUGCUAGAGACUUUUGGAAGGGGCUGUUGCACUUACUGUAUCAAACUUUUGUUGUUUUUCUUCUGUUUUUUUUAACGGUUAAGUUAUUGUAAUGUCAAUGCAAGCUUCUCCUCCUUGGCAUUAACAUGUUAUCUACUUUUUAUAUAAAAAUAUUCUUAUGGGACACAACUAAGUGAUGUUUGUAAAUAUUUAUAUAAAGCAAGAAAUUAUAUACAUGUAAUACUUUAGAGUGGGUUUAAAAAAAAAAACAUUUGGAGAAGAGGAAACAACAGUAGCGAUGAAAGCCAGAAGUGCAUCACUCAUGCAAAACCAAAAAUUUUGCUGCCCAGUUUUUCUUCUUUAUUUUGGAAUGUUUAUCUCUUUUUUCAUAUUGGUUUGUGUGAAUGUUUCGGGCAGAUAGUAUGAAAAAUAAAUCCCCCAAGUUGUUUUUUAUUUUACUGUGCUCUCGGGAACUGUAUUGUAGGUCUGAAUAAAGAUGUGCCUGUACAAAUGUGUUGUAUUAGGACAAAGAAAAGUAUGCAAAACUUUAUAUUCAGAGUAGGCAUAUUUUGGUGGAAGCUGUGUUUGCCUAUUUUUGCUUUGUGUGUGGGUGUUUUAAUCAUAGCCAUCUGUUGUGACUGUUUAACUGUGUCUCUCUCCAGUAUGGAUUCUGGGUAGCAUUCUGGGUUAAAACACUUUUUGUAUGAAUGUCUUGUAUUGACCGGUACUCUUGUUUCUUUUCUCUGGGAGGAUCACAUUAUAGUCAAUGAUAGUGAGUGCUGACGAGAUCCAGUAUUUUUUAAGUACACUGAAAAUAAACAAAAAAAUUACAAA